AUGACUGAGAGGAGGCGGUCUGCAGUCGCACUGAGUUCCCGGGCACAUGCCUUCUCCGUAGAGGCCCUGAUCGGGACCAGUAAAAAGCGGAAACUCCGGGACUGGGAAGAGAAAGGUUUGGACCUGUCCAUGGAGCCACUGAGCCCUGCCGGGCACCUCGGGGACAGUGAGGACGCGCGGUCCUGCCUGGAGGUCCGCCCCGACUCGGAGCAGAGCACCGGCUCCGACGCUGACGGGCUCCCAGAGAGGACCGCUUGCUCCUUCGACUCCCACGUUGAGCUGACGCCAGGACCCCCGGCCUCCCUGCCUCCAGUUGUUUCCUCCAUGGAGGAGACCCAAGUGGAGCUGCAGUGUGCGGACCUAUGGAAACGGUUCCAUGACAUUGGCACGGAGAUGAUUAUCACCAAAGCUGGCAGGAGGAUGUUUCCCGCCAUGAGAGUGAAGAUCACAGGCCUGGAUCCUCACCAGCAGUACUACAUAGCCAUGGACAUCGUCCCUGUGGACAGCAAGCGAUACAGGUAUGUGUAUCACAGCUCUAAGUGGAUGGUUGCCGGGAACGCCGACUCCCCGGUCCCGCCGCGGGUUUACAUCCACCCCGAUUCCCUGGCAUCCGGAGACACGUGGAUGAGGCAGGUGGUCAGUUUCGACAAGCUCAAACUGACCAACAAUGAGCUGGAUGACCAAGGACACAUCAUCCUGCACUCUAUGCACAAGUACCAGCCCCGAGUACACGUGAUCCGGAAGGAUUUCAGCAGCGACCUCUCUCCCACCAAGCCCGUCCCGGUGGGCGACGGGGUGAAAACCUUCAACUUUCCCGAGACGGUCUUCACCACGGUCACGGCCUAUCAGAACCAGCAGAUCACCCGACUGAAAAUAGACCGAAACCCCUUUGCCAAAGGAUUCAGAGAUUCUGGCCGGAACAGGACUGGGCUGGAGGCCAUCAUGGAAACCUAUGCCUUCUGGAGGCCCCCUGUGCGCACUCUGACCUUCGAAGAUUUCACCACCAUGCAGAAGCAGCAAGGGGGCAGCACGGGCACCUCGCCCACCACAUCCAGCACGGGCACACCGUCGCCAUCAGCACCCUCUCACCUGCUGUCGCCGUCCUGCUCCCCUCCGACCUUCCACCUGGCCCCCAACACGUUCAACGUGGGCUGCCGGGACAGCCAGCUGUGCAACCUGAACCUGGCCGACUAUCCGCCUUGUGCACGUGGCAAUGUGGCGACUCUGCAGACCUACCCAGGGCUCGGCGACGGUGGCUUCCCCCGGCUGCCCGGAGCCUCAGCGCCCGGCCCACCCCCCGCGGAGACCUUCAUGCCGCACAGGACUCCGGCUCUGCUCCCGGGGAUCCCCACACCCCCCACGCUGCCCAGCAGCUCCAAGAUGGACGGCUACGGGGGGCAACUGGGAGCCUUCCCCCCCGCCCAGUUCCCAUACGUGGUGCCGGCGGGCAGCCCGGCACCUACCUCCUCAUCUCCCCAUGUAUUCGGCGGCGGGGGUGGUGGAGGCCCUGGGCCGCAGGGCUCCUACAAUGCCUUCUCCCUGCACAACCCCUACAACCUGUACGGAUACAACUUCCCCACCUCCCCAAGGCUGGCCACCAGCCCGGAGAAACUGGGCAGCUCCCAGGGCUCGCUGCUCUGUCCAUCCCCGUCCAGUGGGGCCUUCGCUGAGAGGCAGUACCUCCCGGCUGCAGCGGACCCUGGGCUCCAUGGGCUCGGGGCUCCGGGUGCCCAUCCGCCGGCACCCAACGCCUGUGAUGGUCGCCAGUAUGGACCUGGCCCCGGCUCUGCUGCCGCCUCCUCCCAGAUGUCCGUGCACAUGGCAUGAGACCGCUCUGGGCAACCACGGCCUCGCCGGGCAGCCGGAGACUCCGGCCCAUCCUCCCACCCCGUGGGGCCUGGCCCUCUUGGCGAACUGCAGAGCCAUAAACAAAACUUCCACCCGUGUCUCUCUGUGCACAUAGACUCUCCCUGGAUGCCCUCCUCUGCCAGACCAGGCCGGUUGCUCUCAUGUCCAGGGGCCUCUGCCUUCAAGAGCCUUGUCGACCCCAGCAUGGGCCUGGGACCCUCGGGCUCUGACCACAGGCCGGAUAGCCUCCUUCUCCCCUGGGCAUCACCCCCAGUUCUGGGGCCUCGGCUGGCGGGAAGCCCCGGAUCCUGCCUCGGCCCUCUGUGGCCGGAUUCAUGGAGGAUUCAUGCCUAUCAGCAACACCCACCCCGCCACUUCUAGGGCAGAGGGCAGUUGGGCUAGCAUUGGAUUUGGCUUCCUGGCCAGAGAUUGACUUUGGACAUAGGCUCCCUUCACCUGAUCACGUCUUCACCCUGGGGCCAGGUCCUGGCCUUCUGCUUGAUUGGGGAUGGCAGAGAGCGAGGGACUGAGAGUGCGAGGACCUUUCCAGGAGCUAUGAGGUGGGGGGGAGGAGAGAGAGAGAGGGAGAGGGAAAGAAAGAGAGACACUGAGUGAGAGAUCUAGACAGAUACAGUGGCAGACACAGAAUGAAACCGAGGCAGAAUGGGACAGAGACAGACAGACCAUGAUAGAGAGUGAGAGGCAGAGUAACCAUGAGUGAGAGAGAAAGAGACACACAGACAGAGAGGCAGCAGGUGCUGAAAAGUAGCUUGUAUCUCUCCCGGAGAUGGUCUCCUCCUGGCCCUACAGAAAGAUGCCCAAUCCAAGACUGACACUCCCGGCUCACCCCCACUGCCCCACCUCGACCCAAGGUCGGGUGUCAAAGCGCCAUGGGGGCAGACCAAGAGGGCGGGCAGCCAAGCAUGUAGCUUCUGCGACCUUGAGCCAGCAAGGCUGUCCCUGGGACUCCCUAGCCCUCCAACGGGCAGCUUAGAGGAGGGCGGGAGGGGCUCUCAUAACCCAGGUUUAUCACCCGGGGCGGCUUGGGUCCACUUCCCCCCCCAUCCCACCCCCGCCCCACUGGGCUAGGUCAUGCUCGCGUGAGUUUCUCUAGAAAUACUGCCCACCCCAGCUCGGCUGCCCCAUGGGGUGAGCGUUGCUUUUUGAAGUUUUUUCCUUUCCUUGUAUCCUUCGAGUCCUUUACGCUACAAGCUUGGAGCAAGAGAGCAUUUAGUGUGGCAUUGGAAAUGGUACCGGAACUCAACAGUUAUAGGGUUUUGGCUUUGAGGUGUUGUAGAUAAACGUAUUUAUGUGCCUAGCGGGAAUUCAGUGUGAUGAAGAGAGAUGGGCAGUAAAAAGGAAAUGUAAAAUAUGUAUGAAGACAAAGGUGUAUAAAAAUUUGCCCUCUGCACGGAAUUCUGUUUCUAAGUGCCAAGCACAGACACUU